UCCCUCCCUCCCAUCCCCCCUCCCCGAGACCCACCGGACUCCGAACCCAGGGUGACCCUCCCCAGGCCCCCUGCCCCCCACCCCGGCAUCAUGCAUCGGACCACACGGAUCAAAAUCACAGAGCUGAACCCUCACCUCAUGUGUGCCCUCUGGGGGGAGUACUUCAUCGACGCCACUACCAUCGUGGAGUGCUUGCAUUCCUUCUGCAAAACCUGCAUCGUGCGCUACCUGGAGACCAACAAGUACUGCCCCAUGUGUGACGUGCAGGUGCAUAAAACCAGGCCGCUGCUGAGCAUCAGAUCUGACAAAACCCUCCAAGACAUCGUCUAUAAACUGGUCCCUGGGCUCUUUAAAGAUGAGAUGAAACGACGGCGGGAUUUCUAUGCAGCGUACCCCCUGACUGAAGUCCCCAGUGGCUCCAACGAGGACCGUGGUGAGGUCCUGGAGCAGGAGAAGGGAGCUCUGAGUGACAGCGAGAUCGUCAGCCUCUCCAUCGAGUUCUAUGAAGGUGUCAGGGACCGGGAGGAAAAGAAAGGUCCUCUGGAGAAUGGGGAUGGGGACAAAGAGAAGACAGGGGUCCGAUUCCUGCAAUGCCCAGCAGCCAUGACCGUCACGCAUCUCGCCAAGUUUCUUCGCAACAAGAUGGACGUGCCCAGCAAGUACAAGGUGGAAGUUCUGUACGAAGAUGAGCCACUGAAGGAAUACUACACUCUCAUGGAUAUAGCCUACAUCUAUCCCUGGCGGCGGAAUGGCCCUCUCCCCCUCAAGUAUCGGGUCCAGCCGGCCUGCAAGAGGCUCACCUUGCCCACAGCACCCACCCCCUCGGAGGGCACCAACACCAGCGGGGCAUCUGAGUGGGGCGCAAGAUGACUGUCAGCGGAGCUCCUGUGCCCCCCUUAACUUGAGGAAAGGGACCCUCUUCCCUCCUUUUCCAGCCAUGCCUCUCCACCCCUCCACUUUUUCUGGGCCCCUUUUCCACCUCUUCUACUUGCCCCAGCUCCUCCCGCCUUAGGGGUGGGGGGCGGGUUUUAUAAAUAAAUCUAUAUAUAUAUAUGUACA